GAUCGAUAAAGUCACGUGAUUGACGAAGUUGUUUGCCACAAACGCUGCUUUCUGAUUUGCCACCUGAUAAUAUUGUGUUUGCAUGUUAUGAUCUCCGUAGGAUUGUUAUGAAUAGAAACAUGUAUUUUCGUUUCGUGAGUAUUAUUACAUCAUACCAUUUUGAAACCAGUGUGUUGCAAAAUAUUAAUUGGUUGUGGUUUUACUGAGGUUACGUCCGUUACGAUUGUCAUUAUAGUUAUUCACGUGUACCUUACUCUAUCAGUAUCGUGUAACACUAACAGUAACUCUCACUGACUCGGUGACAAAGAACUGUAAAAUCUAAGUUUUUUUUUUUUACAAGAAGUAGAAGUUUAGCAGCCAAAAGAUAAUCUAGACUUAAAUGGGGAUAGUGGAUGCAGUGCUGCUGAAGCUGAAAAUAUUUCUAUUCCACCUUCUCUUUCUUUAGUGGUUUGGUGCUCUACACCAUUAGUGACAUCUGGUGGUGAAGACAACCGACUCAUUUCUUUUCCUUCUGUGCUAGUUGGAACAAGGAGAACUCAUCUUCUAAAUGAAUUACAACAAGAAAUGUAUGAAGAUAAAGGUCCAUAAGGGAAUACUUCCAUGCUCUUCCAGGAAGCAGUGAAUCUCACAGUUUGGUCUUCACAAGGUUUUCCGAUUAACAAAAUGGUCAGACGUCGGGAAGUUGAAGCCGAUAACAUACAUCAAGCUGGUCCUUCACUUUCACAGACAACAGUCAUAAUCCAAGUUCCAGAAGAUUGCAAUGACAAUACUUUUGUAACUAAUAAUGAACAACCAUGCACCACGCCUGCUCAAGGGCAGCAGUAUGAAGAUAACAGAAGCAUAAAACGUAGAUUUACCUCCAAAUAUCACACUGAACGUAAUAACUCUGUAGAAGGUACUGUCGUGGACUUAAAUGAAUCGGGAUCAAUGUCAUUGGAAGAUUCGAGCAACAAUUCGUCUUCCAUUUACCAAGGAGACUGGCCUAUUGAUAGAGUGAUGUGGAACAGUGGGCCAAGUAAUGUAGGUGAAAGUAGCUCUCUUGGUCCUGAUUUGAAUCGGGAAACUUCCAGUAUUAUGAGCUUCAGUUCUACAGCUUCCAAUACCCCACUUACAGCAAGAUAUUUGCCACCUCAGCAACAGGAAGCUAAGGUGGAGAUGGUGCACAGUUUGGUAUCGAUGAUGGGUGCUCAUAACAAGGAGGAUGUGAGUCGGAAGUUGUUACUCAUGUCUAGUUCAAAAGAAAACUGUAUUGUAAUGAGACAAACAGGAUGUCUACCUCUGUUAGUUCAACUAUUACAUGGCAGUGAGAAGAAUACCAGCUCUGAUGAACAAGACACUAAUAUAAUCAGACAAAGGAUACAUAAAACUCGGAAACAAGCUACUCAGGUUUUGCACAACAUUGUUCAUUCUCACCCUGAUGACAAAAGAGGUCGCCGAGAAGCAAGAGUCCUCCGUUUGCUAGAGCAAAUCAGAGAGUACUGUGAUAAUCUAAGAGAUGUUGAAGUAAACGUUGUCAACCAUAGCACUUCUGAGGCUUCAAAGCAACAUCCUGGACCAGCUAUUGCUGCCCUGAUGAAACUGUCUUUUGAUGAAGAGCACAGAUAUGCUAUGUGCCAGCUAGGAGGCCUUCAUGCUAUAGCAGAACUUAUCCAAGUUGAUCAUGAAGUCCAUGGUAAUACAAGUGACCCCUAUUGCGUGACUUUGAGACGUUAUGCCGGCAUGGCAUUGACCAACCUCACUUUUGGUGAUGGCACAAAUAAAGCCCUUCUCUGUUCAAAAACAGCAUUCAUACAUGCUUUAGUGGCUCAGCUACAUUCACCAUCUGAAGAUCUUCGGCAGGUCACAGCUAGUGUCCUACGUAACCUUUCCUGGAGGGCUGAUGCCAUAAGUAAACAAACUUUGCGGGAGGCUGGGAGUGUUGGUACUCUUGUGAAAGCUGCCAUUGAAGCAAACAAAGAAUCUACCUUAAAGAGUAUAUUGUCUGCUCUCUGGAAUCUCUCAGCCCAUAGUAGUAGUAAUAAAGCUGAAAUCUGUUCAGUAGAUGGUGCAUUAGCUUUUUUGGUCAGUACUCUGACCUACAAAAGCCCUUCGAAGAUAUUAGCAAUCAUAGAGAAUGGUGGUGGCAUUCUUAGGAACAUUUCUAGCCACAUUGCUGUUCGAGAAGACUAUCGCAUAAUCUUAAGAAAACACGAUGCCAUACAAAUUCUUCUGCAGCAUUUAAAAUCUCCUAGUCUGACAGUGGUUAGUAAUGCAUGUGGUACCCUUUGGAACCUAUCUGCUCGUUGUGCUGAAGAUCAAAGAACACUUUGGGAAAUGGGAGCUGUUGGAAUGCUUCGGAACUUGAUUCAUUCUAAGCACAAAAUGAUAUCAAUGGGAAGUUCAGCAGCUCUUAAAAAUCUUCUUUCGUUGAAAUCCUCCGGGAUUUCUCUGAAUUCUUCGACAUGUUCAGAAUGCAGUCAGUUUAAAUCCAAAACUGAUAAGAUGCCCUCAUUACAUGUUCGAAAAAUGAAAGCUUUAGAAUCUGAAAUAGAUCAAAGUUUAUCAGAAACAUAUGACAACUUAGACAGCCCCAAAACAAGUCCAACAUGCCCUUCUCAGUUUGUUGGUAAAUUCCUUUUGAAUUCUAGUAAACAGAAUGCAAGUGGUACAAAGCAUUUUAUUCCUGUUCCACUACAAAUGUAUAACAGUGUUGCAGGACAACUUUCCACCAGCAGUCGUCCACUUCCUUGCUCCAAAAGUCAUGACAGUCUUGGAAGUUCACAGUCAGAGUUUAUUCAGAGAAUGGAUAAUACAAAAAUGUUUUCUUCUUCCAGAAAAGAUGGGUCUUAUCCAGGUUUCAGUGGAAAAAGUUCAGAAGUAGAGUGGUCAGAAGAAAACCUUUCAAGAACAGACUAUAACAAUAUGAAACACCCUUUAGAAUCUGAAGGGCAGUCGUUUAACCUCAGAUCAGACAUUGUUACAUCAUCAGGAGUGCAAGAGGAGACUCCAGUUUCACCAUUAGAAAGUGGACCUCGAUAUGAUGGAAGACGCACUUGCUGGGAAGACCAUCUAGCUCUUGCAGAGAAUGACUCUGGCACAUCUUUGUCUUCUAGUCUGUUACCAAAAUUUACAAAGUUAGUUAAAAAAAGGGAGUCACGUGAUACUGAAAAUGACAGUUCUUGUGAUCAUGUGAUUGAUUCCAGCCUAAAACACUCUGAUGAAAGUAUGGAUACACCUACUACACCUCCACAACUUAAUCAGUCCAAAAAUCCAACGAAACAUAAGGAACAACAAGUACUUGGGCCUUACCUAGUAUGUCUUGACUCAGAUACAGAAAUAGCCGUUUUCAAACCAGUACGCAAACUGCAAGACUUCUCGGAGUUGAAUCUGGACUACACGGACCAGUCAACAGGUUUCAUUCGAAAGGAUGGAGAAAUUCUGGAGGAAACUGAGGAGUAUGAAGAGGUGCUUCCAGUUUCACCGAAGUCUGGAAUGUUUCGAGAUAGGUGCAAACAGUCAUCAAUUACUGAUUACUCACUUAAAUCGUACUGUACUGAAGGCACGUCAUUGAAUUUUUCAACAGCUUCAUCAGUUGCAGGCUUUCAAGAUUUCUUUGAUACUGAACCUAUUGUUAAUCCUGUAAGUGAAGCUGGUAUUGAGAUUGUCAAUCAUCAACUUGUUGAUCAGGAGCUGAAGAAGACGGAAAAGAAGAAUAACAAUGAAGAGAAACCAUGUGUCUGUCAGAAUGAAAAAAAAGAAGCAAUUCCGAUAGUGUUCUCAAGAUCUAGUUCUUUGGGAUCCAUAAGUACUUUAAAUCAACAUUCCAUUCAGAAUGACCAUAGCCCAUUUGUUAGUGAUGUUAGGCAUACUGCUAGUAAAGUGGUUUCAAAAUUCCCCAGUCAGACUAUGCCAUCUACUCAUCCAGCUUCUCCUAAAGCAGCUCCAUUCAACUUAUUAGAAGCAUUUUGUAUUCCUUGCCCAGAAACAACUUCUUUUCCCACACGAACAUCCUCUUCUGUUUGCAGUAAUCCAAACAUCUGCCAAGAGGAUCAUGAGGAGAAAGAACAAAUAACCACAAAAAAAGAAGAUAAAAACUUGGUUGUAGAAAGAACUCCAGCUGAGCUUUCCAGAGCCACAUGUUUAAGUUCCUUAACAAGUGAAAACAGUCAUCCAGUGUCAAUGCGGGAACCAACAGAAAAACAAAUCCUAGAAAUGACUAAAGUUUCCUGUGAAACAGCAGACAGUGUGUUUAGAAAUUUCAUCACCAACCAACAGCACAUCCGAGACCAAAUCUUUACUUACCAAGAUGUGUAUUCUGCUGCGGAAAAGAAAGAAAAGAGUGAUUAUACAGACAAACGUGAGGAUAAUCUUGGAUCUCGCAAUAGUUCUGGAACGCCGAAUAAUGAUAGCUCAAACUAUCGAAAUAAUACCAGGCUUCACAGUCAUAUCAAUAGUCUUGGCUCAUCAUCAACCCAUCAAAAACUGAGUAAUAUUCCUAUUAAAUCUAAUAAUACAAGGCUUGGUCAUCAUGUAACAAAUAUACCAAAGCCUCUAGUUCCUUUUGGAGCAGCACAAUCACUAGCAACAUCUGGUGACAAAACUACUAACCUUCACUCUACUCAGCAGAGAUUUAGUGAGGACUGUUUUAAAGUGUAUAAAACUGAAAAUAUUUCCUUGAACCUUUCAGAUCCCACCUUCUUAGCUGACUUAGGUGGAGUUUCUGCAUUUGACAAGAAGAGCAAACAUUUGCUCAGCCCCUCUAACUGUGAUAAUCAGUCGGAUAGUAGUGCUUUUUGUGAUGAUAAUGAUAUGGUUUUGUUCCAGUGUAUUCAAUCUCUAAUGCCUAAUCUUCAACCCCCUUUAUCUUCAGAAGCUAUUAGUUCUGUGGUUGUUGAGAGUUCCCCUGUAACAGUCAAAUCAAAAUUACCUCAUAUUUUAGUCAAAACUCUGAAAUCUUCUUACACUACAACAUCUCAAGCUUUAAACCCAGAAGUUGUACAUCAAACUCCACGCUAUGUUCCCCCAAAGUCAGUGAAACCAAAACACAGUCAUUGUUGUCUCAACAGUAGGGUACAUUCAGAUAUAAAAGAGGAAAAACACCAUUAUCCUCGUCGGCCCCAUGCAUCUAAAAGAAGUGCUGUUAAGCCAACUAAAAACUUAGUAUCGUCUUCUAGACCUAGCAUAAAAUCGUCAUUCCAAGACUCGCUUCAAGCUCGCGUGGUGGAAGGAACACCUGUAACAUUCACUAGAAAUGACUUUCUCAGCUCUCGUAGCACAGAAGAGCAUGAAAGACACAGACUGAAAAGUUAUUCUGCUCAUCAAAAUGACAAAUAUGGUCUGUUUGGCUGUACAACAAGGCCAGAUGAUAGUAUGUCACGGUUUUCAUACAAACCUGUGAUUCCAGACAAUUUAAAUCAGAAGAAUUCUACAUCAAAGGACAUUCCAACCUCUGGUAACCUAAAGCCUAUGUUAGUCUCUAAGGAGAGACAAGGGACUAUCUCACAAUCUUUAACAAAAGAAGUAUGUCCCUUAUUAUUCAAGAAGAACAGCAGUACUGAGGAAGUGCACCAGGAGAAAACAUCAUAUUUUCAUAAUAAAGAAACCCCUACUUGUUUUUCAAGAAAUGGUUCCAUGAACUCUUUGAAUGUUGAAGAAACCUUUUGUUCUGAACAAUCCUUUUUGCACACCUGUCUUGCUUCAGGAAUUCCUAAAGACAAGUCAGUUUUUACAGGCUAUAACUCAUCAUCUGUUGUAAAAAGUCAUGACCACAAGCCGUUAAAAGAAUGUGGAGAAGGAAAACUUAAAAAUUCGGAGCAAAAUAUAAAGGAAAUACAGUUCAGUAAAGAUGUUUAUGAAGACUCAAAAAUAGAUGGAAAUGGAAAAGACAACGAGCCUGCACAACAAAAAGAACAGAUUCGUACUCCUCUUACUAUUUCUAGUCGAGUAUCUGAGGAAAGAGUAAAGCAGGAAAAUGUUGUUUUUCAUGAACAAGAAAAAUUAAACGUAUCAAAUAUGGAAUGUUCUCUUACUAAGAUAGAAGAUUUAACAGCUCUUCAGUGUGAGGCUUUGAAGAUCGUAGAGAAGGUGGAAGGUGAAGUACAGGAUGACUUAACGCAAAGCACUAUUAGUUGCAUGUCAGAUAUUGAUAAUGCCAAACCUCCAUCUAUAUUUAUUGAUUUAGGCUCUCUAAGUAUGAUGAGUAGUGGUAUUUCUGAUAUUGUUUCCUACUCCUCAAAGAAUGAAGAUCUGAUGAGAGAAGACUCCACAGUGACUAACAGAAGAUCCAAGAUGCAGAAAGACAAAGAUAUGCAGGAAAAUGUUUGGCAAACAUUGUGUACCAGUUCAGACACAAACAAAGUAAGUGCACAUGAAUCGGAUCAAAACAAGACAUCUCUACUUACAGAUUCUAUAGAUAGCCUCAGUAUGAAAGGAAGUACAAUUUCCGAGAUCUUGGAAAAUGUGAAUCCUCCUUCCUUCAUGGAUGACAUAUCACUUGUUGGAAGUUGUGAAAGUCUAAACAGUAUUAGUUCUGAUGUGUUAGAAAACAGAUCCCAAUUCACCAAUGAAGUGCAGUGCACAAAAGAUAAUGACAUUCUUGAUCGUUUGAAUGCUGCGGCAUCUGUGGUUCAAAUGUAUUCUAGGGAAUUGAACACCAUCAUGACAGGAAGCAUGAAAAGCAGUUACAACUCUGAGAUAAUAGACCAAGUGAAACCUCCUUCAUUUUACCAGGACAUAGUGGAAGUGACAGCAGAAGAUGUUACUGACUUUGGCUCUGACAGUGUAGUAUCUGACACAGAACUUAUUGAUGAUCUUCCACGAGAUGAUGUCGAUACCCCUCUUCCUUCCACUGAGACACUGAAAGCUCCUCGUUUGCAUUCUUUACAAGAUGAGCAAGAUGGUAGUACAGAAAAUUUAACUUAUGUUCUUGAUGAAUGUGAAUCUACAUCUGAUAAUAAAGGAACACUGAUGGAAGAUAGUCUUAUGCAAAACAUAAAAUCGGAUCUUUCCAUAUCCAAAGUUGAGGCAGAAGCUUUAAAGAUCAAUGCAACAUUAGUACUUUGUACUUUGAAUAAAAUGCAAGAAGAUCAAGCAGUUAAUGAUGAGGCUGAAUCUCAAGAUAACAUGCUGGAGGAUGAAACUAUAUCAUUAGUUUCCAAUGAUUCAGAAGAAGGACAGGUGGAAGAACUGGGGGCUAAUGAAGAAGGUACAUUUUCUAAGAAACCAAUUAUUAUUAAACCACUAAACAAAGAGAUCAUAAGGCAAAUGAGAGCAAGGAAAGAAACUACAUCAAGACAAAGUUUUUCAAAGGUUGGUAAAAGCAUGCUUCCAAUUAGGUCACCAAGAGCUGUUCAUGGUGGUGGUAGUAAUAAAAAUGAUGCAAACUGUUCUUUGAUAGCAAGGGCCACAAGGUCGCUCUCUCCAUUUGUGAGACCAACUAGAACCUUGGCUCUUAGUACUAACCAGAAAGGUGGAUUUCAGAAUAAUCUUGAGUCAUCUUCUUUACCACUAAAGACAAAUUUACAACAAACAUUAUCAAAGUCCGAGAAACCUAAAAGUUUACUCUCCGGAGAUUCUCAUGAAAUAAAAAAUACUUCUCUUAAAGAUAAGAAAAAUAUCUCCAAAACAUCUGGAGAAAAUGAACAAGAUAUUGAAAUAUCUAAACCAAAGCCCUUAGUUAAACAAGGUACUUUCACCAAAGAUAAACCAACUCAAGAUGCACCCCAAAUAUCACCCAUGAAAACUGCAACUGUACAGCAGUUUACAUCUACAGAAUCUGAAGCUUCAGACAACACUAGAAGAUUCCAAUGUAAAAGCAAGAGUUCUCAGGAAAUCAGCAAAACUAAAGAUGAGGGUAACUCUAAUUAUUCUUGUCCUGGAAAUCAAAUUCAGUCAAGUGAUCCUUCUAGGACAAGGAGUCUUGUUAAAAGUAUUAAAAGACCUGUAAGCUUAAAAAGCUUUGUGAGUAGAAGUUCAAGUGCUAGCAGUAGAUACAGUCAUUCUAUUGUGGGAACUUAUUCUACAAGUAAUGGGAGUCUUUCUUCGUCAUCUUCCUCUGGAACACUUUCACUUCACACAGAUAAUCCUAGAAAAAGAAGAGAAGUAACAAGUAAGAUUGCAUCGUUAUGGAAGAGACCUGAUGCUGGUACAAAAGCAGCUGAGAAGAAGAAGAAUUUAUUUGGAUCAAGAAACAAUAGUUCAUCUUUAUCAGUACCAAAGUUUACAAGGAGCCCUUCUUUUCCUAACAGGGCUCAGUCAUCUGAUUCUGUGCUUCCUACUGCCCUUAGUUUGAGUAGAAGUUCAACAUACGAGAAGCUUUCCUCGGAGAACCAACAUACUUUACACAGCUCUGUACCAACAUCUACUGACUCAAGAAAAAAUCAAAAUGAGGGAUCUAGUUUGCGGAGUAUCAAUAUUAGGAAUAAGACAUUAACCAAGAAGAAGCCUUCAGGUAUAAAUUCUGCUACUGUAGUUAUUGAUGAACCAGCUAUUGCAAGUGUAAUUUCUAGAGAAUCUUUCUUAGAUAGGCAUAGCGGGCAGCAAGUAGCUAAAAUACCUUUUUCUGAAGGAGCUGAGGAACAGACUGAAAGUAUUGAAGAAAAAGCUGCAGUAUGUCCAUUUUCCAGGUCACCAAACACGGCACACUAUACGCAAAGUCCUGAAGUUUAUCUUCCUUCCACUUUUGUUGGGAGAAAAGUUUCUGACUCUGACCAACAACAUGGACGGUUUUCAUCCUUUAACAGUUCGAGGGCUGUACCAGUUUCGGCAGUUGUUCCACCUUUCAAUUAUAUUCCAUCUUCAGUGCAUUUGGCUCAGCAAAGACCUGAGAAUAUGUAGCCAUGACAACAAGCCAGAUGAUUUUUUUUUCAAAAAGAUUUUGUUAUGAAUGUUGAUAAAGAGACUGUGAUGGGAAGCAAAUGUUGUAUUGUCACUACAUUAUGAAGUUAAAUUCUGUACGUAUAUUUUAAGUGGUAAGGUAUAACUUUAUUCUACAGUGUAAAUAUAAUUGUGUGGAGAGUCUUAAAACACUACUGAAUGGCAGCUACAUCAGGCUGAUUAGUGAAAUUUGUUAAGCGUCUGAUCCCUAAAAGCUGAAAGAACCAUGAGCAUUUUACUUGAAAUAUUUCUAGUGUGCAAACUCUAAUAUUUCUUUUUAUUAAUUUAAAGAGGUGUUAAUAAUAUUUUGUAUCUUGAAUACUCAAGUUGGCUUCCAGUUUUGAAUAAUAUUUAUCUGCCUGCCAAAUAGUGCUAAUGUUACACUACCCAGUUUUGACACUUAAGGUUUUAGAGAGUGCUUCAGCCUGUACAACCUGAUCCGUGUUUCAACACAUGGAAAAUAUGACAGCUUUAUGAUGUUAUGAAACAAAGCAAUGUAUGGCUAGUUGUUUACUGAAGUUUGUGGGUUGUUGAGUGCCCUGUGUUGUUUUGUUAUUUUGUUGUUGUUCUUUAUUUUUGUUAAGGAUUACAGAAUUUUGUUGAAUUUGCCAGUUUUUUGUGUAAAAACUGAAAAAAGGAUAUUAAAGCUAAAUUUUAUUAUCACACAUUGAAGUUUUUUUUGUU